AUGGCAGAAGAAGUUUCAUUAUUAGCUUCUCCUUCUGAGUCAUCUACUUCACUUCUGUCUGAAAUAUCAAAUGCAUCCACCAGAGCUUUUGUUCUUGCCUUCACUGUCGGUUCUUGCGGCGCCUUUGCCUUUGGAUGCAUCAUCGGAUAUUCAGCUCCUACACAGUCCAGUAUUAUGAAAGACUUGAAUCUCUCCAUAGCUGAUGCAAUAUUAUUUUGUCCAUUUUGUUCUCAGUACUCACUUUUUGGAUCGAUAUUGACCGUGGGACUAAUUCUUGGUGCGUUAAUCUGUGGGAAAUUAACAGAUUUUGUUGGUCGUGUCUACACUAUAUGGAUCACUAACAUUCUCUUCGUAAUCGGCUGGUUUGCUAUUGCAUUUGCCAAGGCUGUUUGGCUGCUCGAUCUUGGAAGGUUGUUGCAAGGGAUCUCGAUCGGAAUUAGCGCAUAUUUGGGACCAGUUUACAUUACCGAAAUAGCACCAAGAAAAUUGCGAGGAGUUGCUUGUUCCAUGUCGCAGUUAUUUACGGGCGUUGGUACAUCCGUCGUUUAUGUACUUGGAACAGUCGUUGCUUGGCGCAAACUAGCCAUUUUGGGUUCUAUACCUUCUCUUAUGAUUCUGCCUCUUCUUUUUUUCAUCCCCGAGUCUCCUAGAUGGCUAGCUAAAGUUGGGAGAGAUAAGGAGGUUGAGCAGAUUUUGUUAAGAUUGCGAGGGGCAAAUUCUGAUGUAUCAGAUGAAGCAGGAGAGAUAUUAGCAUAUACAGAACAUGUUAAACAACAAGGAGACAAUCGCGGCUUCCUCAAGUUGUUUCAGCGAAAAUACGCAUUCUCACUUACUAUUGGAGUUGUUCUUAUAGCUUUGCCUCAACUUGGAGGUCUUAGUGGUUAUUCUUUUUACACUGACUCCAUUUUCAUCUCUACCGGUGUGUCGAGUGACGUUGGAUUCAUAUCAACAUCUAUAGUUCAGAUGCUUGCAGGAAUUCUAGGUACUGUGCUUGUGGAUGUAUCUGGAAGACGUUCACUCCUACUGGUUUCUCAAGCUGGAAUGUUCUUGGGUUGUCUUGCUACGGCCAUUUCAUUCUUCUUGAAGGAGAACCAUUGCUGGGAAACAGGAACACCUAUAUUGGCUCUGAUUAGUGUUACGUUGUACUUUGGAUCAUACGGAUUAGGCAUGGGAUCAAUACCAUCGAUCAUAGCAUCGGAGAUUUAUCCCGUAGAUGUGAAGGGGGCAGCGGGAACAAUGUGUGGCUUGGUCAGCUCUAUAAGCUCAUGGCUCGUUGCUUACUCCUUCAGUUUCUUGUUUCAGUGGAGUACCACAGGUAAUCUUUAAUAUUAUAUAAUUAAAUAAUAUCAGUAAAUAAACUAUCUUUUGUAACAAAAAAACUAUCUUUUAACAACUAAUAGUUUCUGAACUGGUAAAGAAUUGGGACGAGAUCUAUCAAGUGUAUCAAGACCUCAUAUGAACAUUUCUGAUGUUUACCACUGUGACUGGCAUUGGAUUUGUGUUCAUAGCUAAGCUUGUUCCAGAGACUAAAGGAAAAUCUUUAGAAGAGAUCCAAUCCCUUUUCAGUUUUUAGUGACUCUUCUUAUGAAGAUUCGACAAUAUCAACAAACUUUUUCCCCAAAAUAUAAAAUUAUGGGUGUUUUAUUUAAUAGCAGUCGAUCGAAACAAUGGAAACGCUUUACCAUUUUGUAUCUAUACUAUUAAAUUAGGAACAUGAUCUAUUCAUAUAGGUUCACUCCAAGUAUUAAUUUCAUUUAUUUAAAGAUAAAGCAACGUAACUGUUUGC